AACAGUUCCACCAAGUGAGAAGAGUGAUGACCAUCCUUUUCCUUACUAUGGUUAUCUCAUACUUCGGUUGCAUGAAAGCUGCCCCGAUGAAGGAAGCCGGUGUGAGAGGACAAGGCAGCUUGGCUUACCCAGGGCUCCGGACCCACGGGGCUCUCGAGAGCCUAAACGGGCCUAGUGCUGGCUCCAGAGGACUGACGUCACUGGCAGACACUUUCGAACAUGUCAUCGAGGAGCUUCUAGAUGAGGACCAGGAUGUGCAGCCCAGCAAAGAACACAAGGAUGCAGACUUGUACACAUCCCGCGUCAUGCUGAGCAGUCAAGUGCCUUUGGAACCCCCACUGCUCUUCCUGCUGGAGGAGUACAAAAACUACCUGGACGCAGCCAACAUGUCGAUGCGGGUGCGGCGGCACUCGGACCCCGCGCGCCGCGGGGAGCUGAGCGUCUGCGACAGCACCAGCGAGUGGGUGACGGCCGCCGAGAAAAAGACUGCGGUGGACAUGUCCGGGGCCACCGUCACCGUCCUGGAGAAGGUCCCGGUGCCCAAAGGCCAACUGAAGCAAUACUUCUACGAGACCAAAUGCAACCCCAAGGGGUACACAAAGGAGGGCUGCAGGGGCAUAGACAAGAGGCACUGGAACUCCCAGUGCCGAACUACCCAGUCCUAUGUGAGAGCUCUCACCAUGGAUAGUAAAAAGAGAGUUGGCUGGCGCUUCAUAAGGAUAGACACUUCCUGUGUAUGUACAUUGACCAUUAAAAGGGGAAGAUAGUGCAUUUGUGUUGUAUAGAUUAUAUUGAGAUAAAAUUAUCUAUUUGUAUAUAUACAUAACAGGGUAAAUUAUUCGGUAAAAAAAUAAUUUUAUGGACUGCAUGUAUAACUGAAGUUUAUACAGUACAGUGGUUCCAUGAUCUAUUUAUUGAACAUAUUCAUGACCUGGAAGGGAACAAAAGUCAUUUGCGCACAAGUUUAAAAAAAAAAAAAAAAAAAAAAAAAAAGAAAAAAGAUAAAAACAAGCAAACAAAAAAGUCUGCAUUACAUUCCUCGAUAACAUUGUGGUUUGUCGCCAUUGCCAAGAAUUGAAAAUAUAAAAAGUUUAAAAAAAGAAUAAAGUUGCAUGCUGCUUCAAUUGUGAAUUGAUGAUAAAAUGUCCUCCUUCAGAAAAAUAAAUUGAACCAAAACAUUGUUUACAUUUUAGACAGUAAGUAUCUUUAUUCCUGUUAGUAUUAUCUGUUUAAUGCUUUUAACUCCUGAUAGCGUUGGAAUUAAAACAAUGUCAAGGUGCUGUUGUCAUAGUUUUACUGUUUCUCUUACUUUUGAACUCCCAUCAGAUUGAAAAAGGAAAAAAAAAAUCAUUUUAUUCUGGAUUAAAAACAAAUUUGUUUUUUGUAUGUUGUGGAAGUGUUUGCAAUAGCAAUCCAACUACUGACAAAAAAAAAAAAUAAAAAAUAGAGGCAACU